AUGUCUACGGGGAAAAAGAUAACAGUUGAGACUGAUCAUAAGCCACUAAUUUCCAUAAUGAGCAAACCACUUCAUUCAGCACCAGCUCGCCUACAGCGAAUGACGUUACUGCUACAAAAGUUUAACAUAACACUGGUGUAUAAACAAGGUAAAGAAUUAUACUUAGCUGAUACAUUGUCCAGAGCUCCAUGCAGUAACACUGUGCAAUGUGAUUCAGAAGACAUGAAAUUUGAUGUAAUGACCAUCAUGCCAAUAUCAGAUGAAAGAUUAGCUGAAUUAAAGAUUGAGACAAGUACUGAUAGCACUCUAAGAAAGCUAACUAAUGUAAUUCAACACGGAUGGCCAAUGUACAAGAAGCUUUUGCCUGAAAUUCGAUCUUACCAUGCGUUCCGUGAUGAACUCACAAUUGAUGAUGGUCUUGUAAUGAAAGGACCUAGAUUAGUUAUACCGACAUCAUUACGAGCCAAAUACAUAGCUCUACUACAUGGAGGACAUCCGGGAGUUGAAGCAACUAAGUGCAGAGUCAGAGAUAUUGUAUUUUGGCCAUGCAUGUCUGACGACAUUGAUAAGGCAUUGUCUUCCUGUGCUGUGUGUAAUAGCUUGAGAGCACACCAACAGAAAGAGCCACUAAAAUCUUAUCCUGUACCAGAUCUACCAUGGUCAACAGUAGCAACAGAUAUAUUUCAAUGGAAUGGUCUACAUUAUCUUGUGCUUGUGGACUCGUACUCGAGAUGGUUUGAAAUGGACACGCUGCGUAAUAUGACAUCCAGGACUGUGAUAAGUAAAAUCAAGAGACAUUUCACAGUACAUGGUAUCCCUCACACUAUUAUUUCAGAUAACGCAGGACAAUUUGCAAGUAUAGAGUUUAAACAGUUUUCAAAGGAAUAG